GCUAGAUUUUAGCAUUUUUAUGGAAAAAUGUCGCCUCGAUCUUAAAAAAUAAAACAAACCAGACUUUCUUAGACAACGAGUUCAGUUUAAAUACAUUUUAAUAAAAUCAAAUGAAGCCGACAUUUUUGCGUAAUUGCGAAGGUCGGACCGAAUUGAGCUGGUUUAUAUUUGGACCCGUUUUCACCGCGACACCUACUUCCGUUCGGUGCUGUCUAUCCACAACAACAAGGAUACACCAAUUCUCGCCAUAGUGUUUUAUAAUAAGAAAAACAUCUACUGCUCGCUGCUACAUACCAGGAUGAACGUGGGUGUGGCACACAGUGAGGUGAACCCAAACACUCGUGUGAUGAACAGUCGGGGGAUCUGGCUGACUUACGCCCUCGGUGUCGGUGUUCUUCACAUUGUGCUCCUGAGCAUACCCUUCUUCAGUGUUCCUGUGGUCUGGACUCUAACCAACGUCAUACACAACCUGGGCAUGUACGUGUUCAUGCAUGCGGUGAAAGGAACGCCCUUUGAGACCCCCGACCAGGGAAAAGCCAGGCUUCUCACUCACUGGGAACAGCUGGACUACGGCGUGCAGUUCACCUCCUCCAGGAAGUUCUUCACCAUUUCCCCGAUCAUUCUAUACUUCCUCGCCAGUUUCUACACAAAGUAUGACAUGACACACUUUGUGAUCAACACUGCGUCACUUCUGAGCGUCCUGAUCCCCAAGCUGCCACAGCUGCACGGAGUCAGGAUUUUAGGCAUCAACAAGUAUUGAAUGAGUGGAAUCGCUCCAACUUCCUGUGUCCGUACUGCCGGUUUGUGUACUGAAUCAUACCGUGUGUGUGUCGGGGUUCGAGUUAACAGAAAAAACAGGUCAUAGGACAUGAUGUGCAUCAGCAACUUAUGUCAGUAUUUAAAUGUAUAUUUUGAGCCUGCAUAGACCUGGGCUGGCCCAGGCCUCGGUCCGGUUCUUUGCCCCGUUAGUCACACGGUGACACAAAUGAUGAGUGUUGAAGCCACCCAGAUAAUCUGAAGUAUUUCUUUUUUAGAGAUGUUGACUUUGUUGCUCUUUGGUACCCUCUUCGUUUCGUUUCAUCGAUGCUCUCAGCUGUAGCGCCGCUCUUUGUUUGCAUGAUUUCUCUAAACGUAGCAGAGAGGCUUGUUUUAUUUACAGUGUUUGUGGAUGUGUGUCGUCUGUGUCCAGAUAUGAGAUUAAUGUGAGGUUCAUAGUUUACUGUCCUUGUGGAGAAGACUACACUCACCCAGCCGCUGUCUGUAGAUGAAUCAAGGUGAUACUUCUUGUUCCAGAUCUUUAAUAAAAUGUUUUUGCCCUCAGUGAUGCUCCUUGCUUCAGUUUGUUAAUUGGGAUGCGAUCUUUUUAUUUAACGUCUUGGAUCAGAACUUGCAUGCUGGUUAUGCCCAACUGGUGGAAGAUUCGACAAAGGUUUUUUUAAGGUGGACAAAAAGUGACACUUUGGAGAAGUUUCACAUGAAUUUAGCAAGAUCUCUUAUUAUUUAAAAAGUAAAUGGAACAACAGGCGGAGUCCAGCCCAUAAUGAAUGCUGUGGAUGGACCUUUGGUCAGGUUAAGGUCUAGACUUUAACUAGGCCAUUGUAGCCUUGGGAUUAUUUUCUUUUUCACCCAUUGUGUUGUGUAACAGCUACUGUUUUUGUAUGGAGACAGCAUGGGUGUACUUAGUUUAUUUUACACACUGCUUCUCCAUGUUGGAUUACGUUUUAUUUAAUAAAUUAUACUUUGUAA